CCUGCAGCACAGUCCGCAAGGAGGAGCUGUAUAGACGACGGACCCCAUUCAGAUAACAACAAAUAUGGCGGUCCCUUGUUCAUUGAAGCGGAAUUUAUUUAAUCGUUCCUGCUCGUCGUUCGAUAGUAUGCAUUAUUAAAUACAUGAGCGACAACAGUAGUUAUUGCAAAUAACAGCACAGAUCCCUAUUUCUUAUUGUAUAUGUAUUAUUACCUUACCGACAACAACGAAAGAAAAUCCUAGAAAAGUCACAUUGCAGUCGCAUUACAAGUCAAGGUGCUUUUAACAAAAUCGUUAUAAUAUAUACUUUUGGUUAUAUAUUUUUAUCGAGAAAAAUAAAACAACAACGAGAAUGUGGACCUACUGAGGACAGUAGCCCAAAAAAUCAGCAAUAUUUAUAGGAUCUGACGGCAGAAGGAAUCAGAAGUCAUGUUGCUGAAGAUCUUCUUCCCUCAGUGUUGCAAAGGGGCAGAUAGCGGUCUCCUGAUCGGCCGGUGGCUUCCAGGACAUAACUCUGCCGUUGUGCUGGCUGUGAUCCACUUCCCCUUCAUCCCAGGCCAGGUAAAGCAGUAUCUGAGCCAGCUCCAGAGCCUGACCCAGGUGGACCUGACUGUUCUGGGCUCCUGGUGCAAGCCUUCAGAGGGCCAGGAGGGAGUGCAGAGUUUUCUGAAGGAUCUGAGCACCAUUUUCCCACAUGGACGCUGGCUCCAGCUGAGCAAUGAGAAAGGGAAGAAGUGCUUCAGCUGCCAGGUGAACUUCCGAGACGGCAAGGUGAUCGAGUCUGGGGAUAAGGAGGACCAGGGUGAUCAGGUGAUCUGUAUCCACUACGAUCAGUGCAAGGUCAUGCUGUCCCAGCUGCACCCGGCCCAGGGAGGGAUUCUCAACCCCAAGACAGAGCUGUCCGAGCUCAGGCUGGUCUUCCAGACUGUAUCCCAGAGCCAGGCACUCUUCUAUAUAGACAAGUAUGACGAAGGGCCAUUCAAGCUCACCCACUGGCAGUCAGAGGGCAGAGAGGGCAGUAUUCUAGUGGAGCUGUCCAAGCAAGCCUCUGUGCCAGUGUGUCUAGUACUCGCAUGGCUGCUGUCCAUCUGGUACUGGGUGUGCAAAAGCAGGAUUCUGAACCUGUGGCCAAUGCGUUUUGUGUCCAGCAAAUUGUAUUCCUGCAUCCAACUGAGUCAUCGGGCAGAACACCUGCAGACGAUCAGCAUGCCCAGGAAGGCAGAGGACCACACAGAGUUCAUGAGAAAGGCGAAUAUCUUUGUUUCAUUCUUGGUUGAUAUGGCACUGGGGCUCCUACUCAUCUCCUGGCUCUACAGAGAGAAUCGAAUCAGACGGCUUGCUGACACUCUGGUUCCUGUUGCUGAUCACAUCGCAGAGGAUCUUCAGGAGCUGCUAAAGUGGCUGAUGGGAGCCCCAGCUGGGCUGAAGAUGAAUCGGGCCUUGGACCAGGUGCUGGGGAGAUUCUUCCUGUACCACAUCCAUCUGUGGAUCAGUUAUAUUCACCUGCUGUCUCCGUUCAUUGGGAUGAUCCUGUGGUACGUGGGCCUCUCUGCCUGCCUGGGGCUGACAUUUGCCCUCUCUGUCCUCUCUGAUAUUGUUGCCUUGCUCACCUUCCACAUUUACUGCUUUUACGUCUAUGGAGCCAGACUCUACUGUCUAAAGAUCUAUGGGCUCACCUCUUUGUGGCGGCUGUUCCGUGGAAAGAAGUGGAAUGUGCUGAGGCAACGUGUGGACUCCUGUUCCUAUGACCCGGACCAGCUGUUCAUCGGGACUCUGCUGUUCGCCAUUCUCUUUUUCCUCUUGCCAACCACAGUGCUGUAUUACCUGGUCUUCACACUGCUCCGUCUGCUGGUGGUGUUGUUCCAGGGUCUGCUUCACCUCUGUGUGGAUUUUAUAAACUCAUUCCCUCUGUUCGCUAUGGGGCUCAGGAUCUGCAGAUCCUAUAGACUGGCAGCUGGAGUGAAGUUUCGUGUGUUGGAACAAGAGCCAGAGAGGCCACUUCACUUACUAAUGGAGAUUAAUCCCUUGACGUACAGUGCAGUGCUGCAGUGGUACAGGACACUGACGUACAGCUGCUACCCAAAGGACUCCUGGGGGGUGCUGUGCAAGAACCUGUUUAUCGGGGAGCUCAUUUACCCCUGGAAACAUAAGAACAUCAAAACAGACUGAUCUUCUCAACAACUGUUCAGACCUGAGGCUGUGGCGAUGUCUAAAGCCCCUGCUGGUUCCUGUUAAUUAGAAAAUGAAGCUAGUGGUGCUUUUUAUGAAGUUUUAGAAAGGACAGGAUGGUCACCUGAAUAAGAAAUAUAUUUUAGGGAGCAAUUCAAUUAGCAUCUUUGUGAAACAGUUGGCAGCUAUAAGAGAACUAAGAAUAAAAUCAUAUUGGGAUUGUUAUUAUAAUUAUUGCCAUAUAAAUCCCAGAUAGUCGUUUUAAUACCUCGUGAUUGAUCUUAAUCGUGCAAUUAUGGAUUAAUUUAUUGUAAUUUUAAUUUCUAUACAUUUAUAGUAAUUACUUUAUAGUGAUGAUUCAAGAUUUUUGACCAGAUACCUUUUGUAGCUUAGUUUCCUUAAAAUAAAAAUAAAGUUGUCACAGUACAUACUUCAGCAAAAUCACGACCAGACUUUUUUUGCAGUAAUAUUGAUGUUUAUUAUUUCCCCUUUUGCAUGUAUUGUUUUAUUACAGCAGUAAUAGAAGUUUCUGUUGAAAAGCUAUGACUGCAUUCCAAAAAAUCUAGUUCCUCACCAGCAGUGAAAACAUGUUUUCUAGUAAGCAAAACCAGCACUGGGUCAAAGGGUUUUUUUUUGGUUUGUUUUUAGAAAAAAUAAUUUAACUUUUAAGUUUUUCAGGAUUCUGAAUACAGAUUCUUUCAUUGUGUUUGUCUGGUCCACCAUAAGUAUUGAAUUAUCUUUUAGUGUCAGAAUGUUAGCUAGGCAAGCAAACAUAUCUGGAAUAACACACACAGCAAAGCGAUCCAAUACAUUCCAGCCAGCUUUGGCUGGUUUGACAGUGAAUUAAUUGUAUGCUAUAUGCUUUUCAAAUCAUGUUUGUUGCCAACCUUUACACUUUCUCCACUCUUGAUCUUUUAAUAUAAAAUGCCUUGUGAUAUACAUUUGUAAUCUUGCUUAGUUUUUUGUGGUUGUCAUUUUAAACGCUCUUGUCACAUGGAACUAGUGCUCAGUGUGGCCCCUGUGAGUUACAGAACCUUUUUAAAUGUACCAACACCUUCAAUGGCAAUGCUAUUGAAAGCUAUAUCUUGGGAACUGUUGGUGCAAUUAUGUGCAUAUGUUACAAAAUGAUGUUCCUUAUUCUGUGGAUGUAGAUUCUAAUUAUUCAUUACAACAUGUUUCAUAUAAUUGCCUGAAGAGAUCCAUUCAUCGAGUACGCAAUGAUUUGGCCAGGGAACAUCCUUAUUCAUCAUUAUUAAUGACCGCAUCCAUAAAGAAACACCAUCUGAAGACAGCUGCUCACACCAGCAAUACACGUAUUGCAUCCUGCUGAAGUGCACUCUUAGAGUACAUGAGUGAGAAAUAAGCUUUAUGAUUAAAAUAAAAGAAUAGAUAAAGCCUA